GCGCACCAAGUACAGUGGAAGAUCUCGAUGGUCGUCCGUACGGUCCGGAAGCCGCAUCAAUAACAUGGAGAUCACCUGCACAACCUAAUGGGCAAAUUACCGGCUAUACUUUGGUAUAUAGGCUUAAAUCUCGUGGUGAAUGCGGUCCACGUUCUUCACAACCUAUUACUCGAAAUACUAAAGAUGAAGAAAUUACACUGGAAGGACUAUUACCUGAUUCCACCUAUGAAAUACAUGUAACAGCACAUACCUCUGAGCCUGGUCCUCAAUCAAAUAUCAUCACUGUUACAACUGAUGAAGCUGUCCCCACCGGAGCUCCAUUAAAUCCACGUGUAAGUUCGAUAACGCAAACACGCGGUGACUUUUUAUGGAAUGAACCGGAUUGCGAACUUCGUAACGGUAAAAUAACAGGUUAUGAAUGGCAAUUAGAAAGUCCGGAACCAUGGGGUGAAAGCAAAACAGGUCAAAGUACCACACAGCGAAUAUCCUUCGAUGAUUUGAUACCAUAUACUCAGUAUCGAGUGCGAGUUUCGGCGGAAAAUUCAGGUGGACAAGGACCAUGGUCAGAAUGGAUCUCAUUUCGAACGCAACCUGGCGCACCACCCGCACCAACUGAUCUAACCGAGGAACAAUCAUUCCCUCAUGCUAUCGAAAUUUCAUUCCUUCCACCAUUACCACCUCACGGUAUUAUCAACGAAUAUCGUAUAAGACAAACACCAUCUGAUCAAAUGAAUUAUAAAGAAGUUCGUGUACUUGGAAGUCGAUUGCAAUGCUCAGAUGCAUCGAAACGUGAUCGGUUAUGUUAUCGAGUUGUGGAUUUGGAACCGGAACAGGAAUACGAAAUUCAGGCAUCAGCUCAUACUGAAGGUGGUGCUUGGAGUGAUUGGAGUGAAUCGAUGAGUGCUCGAACAUACGAACAAAAUAUACCGGUAUUAGAACGUGAACUAGAAAUGGUAGAUAGCAAACCGAACAGUAUAACAUUACGAUGGCAAGGUUUAGAUGCUGAUCAAUCAAAGCAUGUUGUCGGCUACAUUUUGGAGUAUAAGUCGGAAGAUGAUGAUUGGAAAGAAUAUGAUGGUAUUACAAAACAUCGCAGUCGUCAGAAUGAUUACCGUAUUCAAGUUAAAGAUUUGCAACCUUCGACGGAGUAUUUCUUCCGAUUGAAAGUUGUUGGUAAAAAUGACAAGCGUGGUUCAUCAGGACCCGAAUUGAAAGCAAUGACAAAAUGUGGACGACCAGAAGAGCCACCAAGCGAUCUACAACUGACAUCUGAUUUCGAGAAUGUCAAACUUACUUGGAGCAAUCCGGAUAAAGAAUCUUGGGCAUGUGACAAUGUUGAAUAUGUGAUUGAUUUCGUGAACACAACUUCACGCGGUAUAAUGACGAUACCAACGGACGCACCGACUAAACUCCUGCUACCAUCACUUCCGGGUACCAAAUGGGAAAUUCGUAUGCGCACACAGACGAUUGAGGAAGGCGAGAAACCAUCUUACAGUCCAUGGAGUGAUCGCGUAACUUUAGUAACUCAAGCUCUUCCCGGAGAACUAUUUCUGACAGUUGAACCAAAGACACCUACUUCGGCAAUGGUUAUUUGGGAUCUGGCUGAUCAGGAUCGAAAAUGGAAUUAUGGUGUCGAUAUUACUUACCGAUUGAAGCAAUUGGGUGGUUGUGCAGAAUCACGAAGCGGUAGUCAAGAACCAGUGACAAACUAUAAUGUACAAGAUAAACAGAUUUUACUUAGUGAUCUAAUACCCGGUUCCGAAUAUGAAGUAGUCGUUACUCCGCGACGUCCACCAACUCUACGAUCUUCAGUCGCAACGCCAAAAACAAUACGCCGCUUCAGGACAAAAGCUACCUUUCCAUCUGGUCCACCACGUAAUCUGCGUGGUGAAGGACGUCGUGAUACUGAAAUUUUCUUCAAAUGGGAACCACCGGAAUGCGAAGAACAAAAUGGUAAAAUAACACAGUAUGAAUAUGAGGUGACAGGUGCCGAAGAAUGGAAUGAUGUAAAACGUGAAGGUGUAACACCACGCACCAAUGCUGCAGUAGAUCAAAUGAAUCCUGGCUCCACGUAUAAUGUACGCGUACGCGCAUAUACUAGUGAAGGACCAGGACCAUGGUCAGAACCAAUUCAGAUUACCACAACCGGUACUGAGCUAGGGCCACCUCGAGAGCUUACUGCAGUACAUACAAAGCCUAAGCUAAUUCAAUUGACUUGGCUUCCACCGUAUCCAGAACGAGCUCCAGUGCUCAUCUAUAAAAUCCGGUACAGCCCACGUGCCGAUGAUUCUAAUCCAGUAGAGAUGGAGCUAUCCGGUGACCAAAUGAGCUGUUCCGGACACAAGAGCCCACUGAUUACCAGUGAUAGCGUAUGUGCAACAGUACGAUCAUUGCAACCGGAUACGACUUACCGAUUCACUGUUCAGGCCCAGUCUCCCACUGGUAGUUGGGGUGAAUGGUCACCAGCCUAUUUUGCAACUACACGUUCUACUGAAGAUGGACCAAUACCUGGAAAAUUACGAUUGGUGUCUGCAGGACAUGAUAAUCUUCGUGUGAACUGGACAGCACCACCGGCUGUCAAAAGUGUUGUUGAUCAAUAUUUGGUCAAUAUGUCGUUAGCUAGCUCUCUCGAUAAGCAUCCAAAGCAAUUUACUGUACGUGGCGAACAAGUUGAUUAUCAUUUUCGUGGAUUGGAACCAGCAACACAUUAUAAUAUUACGGUUCAGGGCUUAUCAGAAGGCAAACGAAUGUGGUUCAUAACAGAAGUUUUUUCAACCACCGAUUAUGGAAGUGGUUUGCUUUCUUGGUUACCACCGCCGACAGAUUUGAAAUUGCUAGAAAAAUCAGAUCGAUCUAUGCAUGUAGCAUGGAGCCCACCAGAAAUUUUUGAUCCAACCUAUAAAGAUUUGAUUACUCACUAUCUGGUAACAAUAGCACCAUUUGACCCAUAUACCGGUAAAACUGGUCGACCACGUAACUACUCAGUACCGUAUCCGGGAACAUCGAUCAAAUUUGAUAAUUUGACACCGAAAACAAUUUACAAUAUUACAGUACAAGCGGGUACUAGUAGUGGUUACGGUGAAAUGUUAUGGGGUGCCUAUAGUACACUUGCACCAGGACAGAAUCACGUAUUACGAUUACUGGAUCGUACGCCGACAUCAUUGACUGUUGAAUGGGAGCCAGCAUUUCUCGGUGACCGAGGAUAUACUCUUUCAUGGGAAAGUUUACAUUCUGUUUUCAAACAUGUUCGCAUCAAUGCAAUCCGUUCUGCUGAAAUUCCUGCUGGUACCACUCAAUACACUAUUGAAGAUUUAGAACCUUCAACGAUUUAUAAUGUCACCUUACAAACACGACCAGGUGAUAAGAUAGCCUGGGGUGCAUAUGCUACUUUACCACCAGGAUGGUUUAUGGUACGUAAUCUGGUAUGGUGUGAUCGAACCAACUAUGCUAUAUCAUUAACCUGGGAACCAGUGAACUUAAACAAAGCAACACAUUAUCAAGUACGAUACCUGAGGCUUAAAGAACAUGACGUUAUUUGGACAAAAGAAAAUGAAGCUCGUGCUAUUGAUUUACUCUGUCCUAAAGAUGGUUGUAAUCGACACUGCUAUCUUGUUUUUAAUCUUCUUCACAAUCCAAAUGAAUAUGUCUUUCAAGUACGAGCUAAGGUGAGCAAUCAAUGGAACCGAUGGAGAACAGCUGGAAAACCAAGCGUUAUCGAGAAAUCAGAACGAAAAAAAGCAUGUUGCAUUGUACCACCACCAUAUAUGGUUGAAAAUAUUGGUGUAGCUGGAACCUUCUGGGAAGUUGACAUUUCACCGGUUCAAUCACAACCACAAAAUAUUUCGCGUUACUAUGUUGUUGUUGAUGAACGUGAACCAGCCGGUAGUACUAAUUGGACCGAAUUAACGGAUAAGGUUACGGCAAAUAAAAUGAAAAUUCCUUACUAUGUAGCAGCAUCAUUCAAUGCUGAUACAUUACCUGGACCACGAAAAGUUCGUAUUGGUGAUGGAACAGUAAUCGGUGGCUAUCUGAAUUACCCAUUAGUAAAGGGUAAAAAGUAUAACUAUGAAAUUUACUCAGUAUGGGAGCUAAAUGGUAAACAAGCUGCUGUAGCACGUCAGCGAGGUUAG